UUAUUCCUACAGGCAUUACAAAUUUUAGAUGGUUUUGAAAAAAGUAUAUUACCAAUUUAUUUUGAAUAUAGCCUUCACAUUUAAAACAUUAGAUGUUCUGUCGCAAAGCAAUUGUACAUUGGUGUGAUAAACAUGUGGAUCCAGUUUGGUAAUUGCCUCCAGCCGGUGCUAAAUUUACGUAACGCCGGAUGUUUGGACCGCGGCGGGCUGGGACCUGGAGGAGUUAGAACAGAGAACGUAAAUUUAGUAAAGUUGCAAAGAAAGGGGUAAGUGCAAAUUCCAGCAAAAGUGGCUAGAAGACAAAGAAUUUAGGACAUGGUUGCUUACAUGGUUGGUUGUCAACAUGGAGCUGUUAAAUCUCAUAUGCAGUCCGACCACAAAUCGGCUGUAAAAGGCAGACAGCAGUUAACUAUCUCAAGUUACUUCACCGUGACCGACAAAGUAACAUCUUCAGCAACUACUACCACCACAACUGCUGCUGUAGUGACCACCGCUUCCUGCGGAGCCACUAUCGAAGGAAAAUCGGUCGAACUUUGACCAGAGUUUGGUUGGAAUGCGACGCUGCAUGCAGAGGUGCAGCACCAAUCAUAUGCAUCAAAUGAAGGUGUUUCUGAGUUGUUCCAUGGAAUGUUUCCUAAUUUGCAAAUAGCCAAAUCUUUCACCUGUGGAAAGGACAAAACCAGCUACAUUUUAAAAUGUGGACUUCCCCAUACUUCAAAAUAAACUGAUUUCUGCGAUUAACAAUGCAGGACAAUUGUGAACUGCUGGCUUCUGUAGCCUCAGCCAGGACCAUAUACAGGAUCUACCUUGAUGAAGAGAGGAGCAAGAGAGAGGGUGCCAUGCGUGGACUUAAGAGAAAAGCGCUGGAAGAUGAGCUGGAAGAACUGAAAAGAAAAGAAAUUUGAUGGAAAUUUACACCAGCCUUCAGAAUGAUGUCGAUCAACCAGCAGAGCAGGCCAAAAACAAAUCUAACACACUCAUGGCGCAAAUGAUUACAAAAUCUAAUACUAUGAGGAGAUGCAAGGACAAAUGCAAUGAACUGAAACAUUUUGAGUCAGAGUUAGAACUAAAAGUGAGCGAACUAAUGCAAUGGAUUAAUUCUCUUAUUUACACAAAGUUAAAACUGUAAUUUCUAUAGCACUUGAAUUUUGCAUACAUUAAUUUCCAGCCAUUAAUUUUCCUUCACUGUCCAGACUGAUAGAAUUUGUGGUUAUAGUUUUGUAUUUUUUUUUCCAGUCAUGGACUGAUUUUUCAGUAUGCCUAUAGCAUUCAAUAUCUAGUUGAUUUAGUUAAAUUAAAUUUGACAUAUCUGCCAUCUGCCAUUAAACCCUGUCACUGACUUCAAUGGAAUGAAGUCAGUGGGCAAACACACAUUAGAUAUCCAUCAAAAAUCUUUGUUUGUGUUCACCCUAAAGAAAGUCAAAUGAGUUUGACAUGGCAUAACAUUGCAUAAAUUAUGAGAUAAUUAUAAUUUUUGGUUUGCCUCAAGGAGACACCCUGAUAUCAACAUGUGUAAGUUGGUUUGUAAAAAGAGUCACAUUAAAAGUAUAAGACUAUAUGCAAUAUGUAGCAGGGUUUGCAGCGGUUGAAAAUUGUCUCGUCGUUAAUCUUAAAUGUAAACUAGCCAUACUUGUUGAUUAGCUUGUCAGUUACUAUUAUAAAAAAAAAAGUUUUGGCAGGUCUACAACUAUAACUAAAAGAAGAGUCAUCAGAGGUGGAAAAAAAAAACAAAAGGUGUAAAGCCAGGAACAGAACAAACAUUGUUUGAACGACGAACAAGGCUAGAGGACAGACAACAAAGAUGCCUACUCUAAAGGAUUGCUACAUGUGCAGUAAAAAAAUUGGAGUAGCAAGCAAAACAUGUCAACACUGUAGUGCUAAGCAGCCAUAUAAGCAAAAGCUUGAGAAAAGAAAGGAACAGCUUUCCCAAGAAUGGAAAGACCGUCAAAAAAAAAUCAGCAGUGUGAACAAAGUUUAUGAUGCAACAAAUCUACUGCUCCACAAGUGGGAACUUUUAGAGAGCUUCCCAAUCCUUCUCCUUGCCAGGAGAACCUCAAAUGGUUUUUCUGCUGAGUGCUUCUGUCCAUGGAAGAUGGAUACAGAAGAUACUCAGGAUGCUUUUCUUACAAUAAAGAGGUUAUAUGAAAGUCUUCUUAAUGUGGCUAUUGCAGAUAAAGAAGCGAGCAGCAUGGGAGAGCGUUCUGCCGUAAACAGCUCACAGACAGAGACUCCUCCAGCAGACCCAGCAGAGUCCACACCUCUGCUCAGCUGUAAUGUGGCUAUUGCAGAUAAAGAAGCAAGCAGCAUGGGAGAGCGUUCUGCCGUAAACAGCUCACAGACAGAGACUCCACCAGCAGACCCAGCAGAGUCCACACCUCUGCUCAGCUCUGAGUCUGACACUCUUUUACUUCCUCCUGCAUCUGCCUCCUUGGCUUCUCUUGUUUCGUUCACCACCUCCUUGACAUCUCCUAUGUCUUUAUCCAUUGCUCCUCCAGUCUCCCCCCUAACUCUUCCUGUUUUCAUCUCCUCUCAGUCUAGUCCUUUAUCUUCUUCUCUGGCUUCUCCUCUGCCACCCGCCUCUACCUGUUCUAAACUGUCCACUGAGCUAGGCAGUCCAGGCCCAGUAUCUUCCUCACGAAAAAAAAGACAAAUAAAGAGGAAAGCAGAUCAUAAAGAAUGCCCCAUGCAUAAAGAAUCAACCAGUUUCCCCUACAAAAAAAUUUUGAGGAAAAGAAUCAGGGAGGGUCAUGCGGAGGUGUUGGUGCAGUGGCAUCCUUGCUCUGGAUGUGGGAAAAAGUGGAAAAAUUCCUGGGAGCCAAGAGAAAAUUUUCAAAGUUCAUCCUGAAGAUGAGUGUGUGUGCUCCGAUGUAUUGUUUGUUGCUAGGUUGUAAAGAUCUAAAUAAAGAAGAAGGCAUCUAGCCUUGUAUGACAGUUACAGAGACUGACUUGCAAUUGUGUCUUUCAGUGUUAAGGCAUAUCAGUUCUGAUUUAUUCUUGUGUUCUGUUUCUGUUACUGCUUUUUACAGCACAUUAUCUGUUUUCUGUGUUUGAUGACUGGACUCAUAAAAUGUUUUGAAAUAUGUCACUGGCUUGGUUCCUUCAUAUACUCUUGAUUUUUAAGAUUGUUUAACACAAGGAAGACAGUGAUUAAAUACGAGAAAAUACUUUUUGUUAAACGAUGCCCCAAGCCACGCCCACCCGCCACUGGGCUUUGAUAUAAUUGGGUAAUGUAGUCAAGAAUUUCCCUCUGUUAUAAAAUCACCCAUUCAUUGCAAAACUUGUUAUUGGACUGAGAGAUCUAAUCAUUGCUAUGGAAAACCGUUGUCUUUGCUACACAUUUAA